CCUGCGCAAUCUUUUCAUUGCUCAGCCCCAAAAGUUGCCCACUGGAGAUUUUUUUUCUCUCUCUCAAAUGUCACGACGACGUGACGGCUCGCGCUGUUGCACAACGCGCAUCUGAUCUAAGGUCCAAGGUAUCACGGGCGGUUCGGUGCCCUGGGCUCUCUGUCGUUCGGCUGCAGAGGUGGCGACUGGUUUUGUUUGUCUGGAAGAAGAACCGCUUAGACUCACAGAUCUGAGACCAUGGGAGAGUGGGGUUUUCUGUCGUCGCUGCUGGACAAGGUCCAGUCGCACUCCACCGUCAUCGGGAAGGUCUGGCUCAGUGUGCUUUUCAUCUUCAGGAUCAUGAUCCUCGGAGCCGGAGCAGAGAAGGUUUGGAGUGACGAACAGUCCAGUAUGAUUUGCAACACCAAACAGCCCGGCUGUAAGAACGUCUGCUACGACCACGCCUUCCCCAUCUCGCACAUUCGAUUCUGGGUCCUGCAGAUCAUCUUUGUGUCGUCGCCGACGCUCAUCUACCUGGGCCACGUCCUCCACGUCAUCCACAAGGAGAACAAGCUGAGGGCGUACAUGCAGAGCCACUCGAGUGAAAUCGUCAAGAAGGCCAAGUACUCGGACGAGAAGGGCCACAUCCAGAUCAAGGGCAACCUGCUGGGAACCUACAUGACCUCCAUUCUUUUCAGGAUCGUCCUGGAGGUGGCGUUCAUCGUGGGGCAGUACUAUCUGUACGGGUUCGUCAUGGACCCGAGGAUCGUGUGCUCGCGGGCCCCGUGUCCCUUCACUGUCGAGUGCUACAUGUCUCGGCCCACCGAGAAGACCAUCUUCAUCAUCUUCAUGCUGGUGGUGUCCUGCGUCUCCCUGGCGUUCAACGUGGCGGAGAUGUUCUACCUGGCGUGCGCCCGCUCGUCCAGGCGGAGGGCGAAAACGGUGCCCGCGGCCGCCUUCGCCAUGCAACCGCGCUUCAACGGCGACAGUCUGAUGAAGAACGAGAAGCUGAGCAUCCAUGACGCCAGUUACAGCACCGCUUGAGGACACACAGCGUUUUUUGCGCAACCAUGGUGCAAAAUGCAAACGGUCACGUAGCUGCCAAAUGAGCAAAGAGGGCAAAUAAAAAUAGGGAUAAAUCCAAAAUAGAGCAUGGCAAGAUUACACUAAGAGUUAUUUAUUUCCUGAAAUUCCUGAAUUUACCAAUGGGUUUGUUGUGUUGUGUCCCAGUUUUGAAUACUGUCGCCCCCCAAGUAGGAGAUUGGUAAUUGAAUUACAGUUGUCUGACCUGUGACUAAAUGAGCUGGAUGUCAGAGGCACCGGAUCCUAUAACUUGCUUUACUGCCGACACCUUCGACUCUGUACCAGUUCGCAUCGGCUAUAGGCCAUUGUGCAGCGAACUGUGUCUUCUAAAGAAAUGUUAUAAGGCUCUUUUAAAAAGCUUUUUUCGUUUCAAAAUUGCAAAAAAAAAAUUCAGGGAUUGUUUUUUGAAAGUGUAAAUAUUUGAACUUGAAAUGAUUUGUUUGUUCUUUCAAGUUUUGUAUUUUAAUAUCACUGUAUGCACCUUGUAUUUGUAACUGAUUGAUGAGUUCAUUAAAGCACUGUGUCGCAUA